AGCCCCACCCCCCUACUUGAAUGAGCUAGCUACAUCUGAGCCCAGCAAAAUCAGAAGCUAUUCACAGUGCUGGCGUCAAGACUACUAUGUAUUAGAACUUUGAUACAGCUUCCUGUUAUCCGUCUAAAGUCAGCCAUGGCCACUGCUAGCGCUCCAGUUCCUGGUACUAGGAAGUCGAGGAAGAAGGAACCAUUGGGAGUCACCACAGGGACCUCGAAAACUGGGGAGGAGGUUUUCACAUUUUUUUAUGGUACUGACACUCCCUUCAGUCAGUUUCAUCCGGCUCAGUUUGAGGUGAAGGGACAACAGUACAACUGUGCAGAGCAGUACAUGAUGCAUCAGAAAGCUGUUGUGUUUGGUGACGAUGAGAUGGCAGCAAAGAUCCUGGCCAGUACUAUUCCUAAAGAGCAGAAAAGUUUCGGGAGGAGUGUCUCCAACUUUAAUGCAGAUAGGUGGACUAGCGAAUGCAGGGAUGUCGUAAAGGAAGGAAACAGAGCCAAGUUUUCCCAGAAUAAGGAGCUCCUUGAGGCACUCCUGGCCACUAAGGGUACCACACUAGUAGAGGCCAGCCCCAGAGACACAAUAUGGGGUAUUGGGCUGGGAGCUAAGAACGAGAAGGCACUAGACAGGAAGCAAUGGAGGGGCACUAACUGGCUGGGUGAGGCCCUCACUCAAGUCAGGGAGGAGCUCCUCAAGGAAAAUGGACAGUAGCUAUAGUGAUGAUUAGAGACAAUCUUGAAUACAGUACCAUUUUUAAUUUAUAAUUCAUAUUAAUCGACAGCGUAACCUUAAGCUUAUAAUAUUCGUGUUAUUUAAGCCAUGAUUACAUGCAUCUCUGCACUCCAUCAAUAUGUAACGAAAAAAUGUUUAUUGAAUAGGGAAUAAA